AUGAGGGACAACAUCAUGACUGGGAAUCACAGCAUUUCCUUCCUGGGCUCUGCUUUGCAGGUUUAUUUCCUGGAGGCCCUGGUCAGGACUGAAUUCUUCCUUCUCAGUGUCAUGGCUUGUGACCGGUAUGUGGCCAUGUGCUUCCCGCUUCAAUACAAUCUCAUCAUGACCAAGGCUCGCUGUGCCCUGCUCACAGCUGGGACCUGGGCAGCAGGGAUUCUCAAUUCCCUCCUUCAUACUGUUUCCACCUUCUGCCUGUCUUUCUGCAAAUCCAAUCGGAUUAACCAGUACUACUGUGACAUCCCCCUACUGGUGGCCCUCUCUUGCUCAUCCAAGUUCCUGAUAGACAUGGUCGUGUUUGUGGGAAGAGAGAUUUUGGGGAUUGAUGCCUUCCUGACAUUUAUCUCUUACAUCUACAUCAUAUCUGCCAUCCUGAAGAUCCAGUCUGUGGAAGGGAAGCACAAAGCCUUCUCCACAUGUGCUUCCCACCUCCUGGUGGUCUGCUUGUUCUAUGGCACUGCCACAUUCACCUACAUGCAACCCUCUUCUGGUGGACACUCUACCGCUGGACACAGCCUCACCUCAUGCUCUAUGGGGUUAUUACCCCAAUGUUAA